UUCAAACAAUGCAAGACACAAAAUUACGGGAAAAUAAUUUUCUCAGCGAAAAACAAAGAAAAAAUUUCAAACGAAAACAUUCUCUUUGCUAAAAUUUACUUUCUCAAAGACAUUCUUUUCAACAAAACAAAAAACAAACGAGAAUAAAGCAUCUGGUUGUAGAGAGAAACAAAGAGAUUGAGGUGAUUUGAUAAAUGAACAUUAAGUGAUUUUGAAGGUGAAGCGCGCGAUUACAAUGGCAAUGUAGGUAGAAAGUUGAGAGAGAUUGAGAGAGAAUGAAAAGAGAACAGCUUGGCGUAAAAGCUUGGGAAGCGACGGUCCGUAAAACACAGGCAGCCGCAAAGAAACGUGUUUCCGGUUUUUUCACUAGCACACCAGUUUCCCAGUCAGAUGAUGAAGAGGGAAAUGGAACCCCCGUAACGAGUUCCAACAACGCAUCCGAUACUUACCAUGCAGAGCGUUUCCUCUCCAAUGGUGAUUUCUACACGGGUCAAUUAUCCGAUAAUUACCCGCAUGGAACAGGAAAGUAUCUCUGGAUCGAUGGGUGCAUGUAUAUGGGUGAAUGGUUUCGAGGAAAAACCAUGGGCAGAGGGAAAUUCUCAUGGCCUUCUGGUGCAACAUAUGAAGGUGAGUUCAAAACUGGAUACAUGGAUGGUAAAGGUACUUAUACAAGUCCUGCUGGAGAUACGUAUCGUGGCUCUUGGGUUAUGAAUCUAAAACAUGGUCAAGGUACUAAACAUUAUUCGAAUGGCGAUCUUUAUGAUGGCGAGUGGCGCCGUGGUAGCCAAGAUGGUAACGGCCGGUACCAAUGGAAAGAUGGUGCCCAUUAUGUGGGGAAAUGGAAAAAUGGUGCUAUUUCAGGUACUGGCUCUUUCAUCUGGAGUAAUGGAAAUCGUUACGAUGGAUCUUGGGAUGAGGGAGUACCCAAAGGAAACGGAACGUAUCGUUGGGCAGAUGGAAGUUUUUAUGUGGGUGUUUGGAGUAAAGAUCCAUCAGAACAAAGUGGGACUUUUUACCCAUCUCCAACUGGUACUACUGAUGGUGAUCCUGACUGGGAUCCUCAAGAACUUUAUAACGAACUCAGUGAUUACACUGUUUGUCCUACUGAAAAGAUAACUAUAUUGCCAUCACAGAAAGUUAUUAAUUGGUCUGCAACUGAAGUUGAUUUGUUACAGAAACAAGGAGGUGGGUGGAGGGUAUCCAAAGGGGGAGAUUCAAGUGGUAACCCGAGAAGAAAUUCGGUAGAUGGAAGGGGGAUGCCUAGUACUACUUCUGAAAGUCCCUAUGGUAGAAUGUCAGCAUCUGACAUCGAGCUUAUAAUGCGUAAUAGUGUCGAUGGGAGCUCUAUGUUUAUGAGAGAAGGUGAUAAUUUUCUCGAAGAUGGAGAAUCCGGGGGGCGGAUGUCAAAUUUUACAGGAAUGCUUCCCAAGGAAAUGAAAAAACAGGGUGCAACAAUUUCCAAAGGACACAAGAAUUACGAACUUAUGCUCAAUCUGCAAUUGGGUAUCAGGCAUUCUGUUGGAAGACCAGCUCCCCUAACAUCUCUUGAUCUCAAGGCUUCGGCCUUUGAUCCCAAAGAAAAAGUGUGGACUAAAUUCCCACCUGAAGGAACCAAAUAUACUCCGCCGCACAAUUCAUGUGAUUUCAGAUGGAAAGACUACUGCCCAUUAGUUUUCAGGACACUAAGGAAACUGUUCAGGGUGGAUCCAGCCGAUUACAUGCUUUCAAUAUGUGGGAACGAUGCUCUACGAGAGCUUUCGUCUCCUGGGAAAAGUGGAAGUUUCUUUUACCUGACAAAUGAUGACCGCUACAUGAUAAAGACAAUGAAGAAAUCAGAAGUUAAAGUACUUAUAAGGAUGCUUCCUGCCUAUUAUAAUCAUGUCCGAGCAUUCGAGAACACUUUAGUGACGAAGUUUUUUGGUUUACACUGUGUUAAGUUGACCGGUGCUACACAGAAGAAGGUACGCUUUGUCAUAAUGGGGAACCUAUUCUGCACCCAGUACACAAUUCACAGGCGCUUUGAUUUGAAAGGUUCUUCUCAUGGCCGAACUACAGCUGAAGGCCAGAUUGAUGAAACUACAACCCUUAAAGAUCUUGAUCUUAACUUUAUAUUUAGACUGCAGAAGUCAUGGUUUCAAGAGUUUCAGAGGCAAGUGGAUAGAGACUGCGAAUUGCUUGAACAGGAAAGAAUUAUGGAUUACAGUCUUUUAGUUGGUCUUCAUUUCAUAGAUGCCAAUCGGGAUCCACUUCUGAGUGAGGGAUCUUCUUCUGGACUUCGAACUCCCAAGGGUGAACCGGAGGUUGAAUUCGAUGCAGAUCAGCUACUUUCGGAUCCAAACCGGUAUGCAAGUAUCAAAUUGGGUAUUAACAUGCCAGCACGAGUUGAACAGACGGUGAGAAGAAGCGAUUGUGAUUCUCAACUGAUAGGAGAACCAACGGGAGAAUUCUACGACGUGAUUGUGUUCUUCGGGAUCAUCGACAUUCUCCAAGAUUACGACAUCAGCAAGAAACUGGAGCAUGCAUACAAGUCUAUCCAGUAUGAUCCAACUUCAAUAUCAGCUGUAGAUCCAAAGCAAUAUUCAAAACGUUUCCGCGAUUUUAUUUACAAAAUUUUCACUGAAGAUACAUGAAGCUAGGAAAUGGGUCAGUUGAGAUGCUGAAUUCCCUAAGUUUUGUUGUGGAUUAAGUUCAUAUUUUUUUUUUGUAAGCUUCAGCAGCUGGGAGGUAUCCAUGCAUAUAUGUAUAGUCAGUCAGAAUUAGUGAUAUCAGUUAUGUAAAACCAAACAAACUGGUUCGACGAUGAAGACCAUCAAGACGGACUUUUGAUAGAUUGCUUCUGUAAUAAUUUAUACACUUAUAAAUAUCUUCAUUAUUCAAACUGUAAAUUGUAUUGUGCAAGGAGUAAACCUCCAUUGACAAUUUAUUUAUUUUUUGUCCCA